GAGAGAAGAAUGGGGAACUGGGUUUGGGUCCAGCUGCUCCAAUUCCUCUCCUCUGGAUUCUGAUAGUUUUUGGGGUGAGGGGAGGUGAGCUGAGUGAUCACUCGUGUCCCAGCUCAGUCUCCCCUCUAACCACCUCAGCCCCCACCACAUUUAUGGAGAGAAAUUAGCCAGUAAAACUUAAAGAACAAGAGAACUACAUUCAAACUAAGCUGGAAAAGAAUAUAUGUGCCAUCUGUGAUUGUGAGAGUGGACGAGUCUUCUAGCUAACCCUAUGAGCUUUGAAACCACAGCAAUCACUUUCUUCAUCCUCCUUCUAAUUUGCUUCAUUUGCAUCCUCCUUUUAUUGGUGGUUUUUUUAUAUAAAUGUUUCCAAACCAAGAACGAUGAAGAUACAGAAAAAAGUCCUUGUACAAAUGCUAAUGGAGGUGAAGAUUGUUUAGCUACUAAUGCAGCUACUGCAGAGACAGACAAUUCAGGAGACCCAGAAAAGCCUGUCCUAACACAAAUCAUGGACUUGAACGGACCCACGAGGCCUGGCAUUCUUGUCCAGAGACGGAGUAAAGAAGAGGUGGUCACACCCUUAGAAAACAAAGAGAACGUAGUCGAGAAAGAGGAGGACAAAACAGAGGAGAAAGAAGAGCCUAAGAAUGCUGAAGGAAAUGGUGAAGAGGUGAUGGCCUUAUCUCCCCCCAAGGACAAGGACGAAGAUUUGCCAAAACCACCCAUACCUCUCAGUACAACUCCCUCAGGUGUUGAAAACCCCAAAAGACCUUUAAAAGGAGUGACAUUUUCUAGGGAGGUAAUUGUUGUGGACCUUGGGAAGGAAUACCCAACACCUCGAAGCUAUACUCGAGAACAUAAAGAAAGGAAAUGAGCUCAAAAAAGGCUGAGAGUGAAAGAAAUGUAAGCUUAGACUACCAGUGAAAUAACUGGGGGUACAAGAUCAUGUUGAAACAGCAAAAAUACGGGGAAUUAAGCACAUACAAAUAGUAUUUUACCUUUGUGCAGAAAUAAGUGGGCUAUAUGCAAAGUUCUGUAAGUAAAAUACCCAGAGCUUGAAUAUAAUGUUUUUAAAAUUCAAAUCUGAGUUCAAGAAAUUGUUUGUAUUAAGUGUCCUUAAAACACUGUCUACUCAAACACUGUUCUAACAUGUGAAUAAAGUUAUUUGUG